UACUGCCUUACUCACCCACUUUGCAUCGGCAAAUCAUAGAGAGAAGCUAAAUGCUCUCAGCUGCACUAUACCAAAUCAAAGCUGAGAUGAAUAAUGAACUUAAUUUUCCAUAAAGACAUUCUGUUUGGCAUUUCAGCUAAUAAGGUUCCUCAGGAUGACUGGACAGGGUACACCCCUCGAGGUAAAGACGACGAAAUUCCGUGCCGAAGAAUGCGGAGUGGCAGCUACAUCAAGGCCAUGGGAGAUGAAGACAGUGGUGACUCCGACACGAGUCCCAAGCCUUCUCCCAAAGUGGCUGCCCGAAGAGAAAGCUAUCUCAAGGCUACACAGCCAUCCCUUACAGAACUCACCACACUCAAGAUUUCCAAUGAACACUCCCCCAAACUCCAGAUCCGGAGUCACAGUUACCUGAGGGCAGUAAGUGAAGUCUCCAUCAACCGAAGCCUGGACAGUCUUGACCCUGCCGGCUUGCUCACAUCACCAAAGUUCCGCUCUAGGAAUGAGAGCUACAUGCGAGCCAUGAGCACCAUCAGCCAGGUGAGCGAGAUGGAAGUGAACGGGCAGUUUGAGUCCGUGUGUGAAUCGGUGUUCAGCGAGCUGGAGUCGCAGGCGGUGGAGGCGCUGGACCUGCCCAUGCCGGGCUGCUUCCGCAUGCGGAGCCACAGCUACGUGCGGGCCAUUGAGAAGGGCUGCUCCCAGGACGAUGAGUGUGUGUCCCUGAGGUCCUCCUCCCCACCGCGCACCACCACCACCGUGAGGACCAUUCAGAGCAGCACCGUGUCAUCUUGCAUUACAACAUAUAAGAAGACACCACCUCCAGUCCCACCCAGAACUACCACGAAACCUUUCAUUUCUAUCACAGCCCAGAGUAGCACAGAGUCUGCCCAGGAUGCCUACAUGGAUGGACAGGGCCAGCGAGGAGAUAUUAUCAGCCAGUCUGGACUGAGCAACUCCACGGAGAGCCUGGACAGUAUGAAGGCUCUGACAGCCGCCAUUGAAGCUGCAAAUGCCCAGAUCCACGGCCCUGCGAGUCAACACAUGAGCAACAACCCUGCCACUGUCACUACCACGACCACCAUAGCCACUGUCACUACAGAGGACAGGAAGAAGGAUCACUUUAAGAAAAAUCGAUGUCUCUCUAUUGGGAUACAGGUGGAUGAUGCUGAAGAGCCUGACAAAACAGGGGAAAAUAAAGCACCCAGUAAGUUCCAGUCCGUAGGAGUGCAAGUAGAAGAAGAGAAGUGCUUCCGCAGGUUCACUAGAUCCAACAGUGUGACGACAGCAGUACAGGCCGACCUGGACUUCCACGAUAAUCUGGAAAACUCUCUGGAGUCUAUAGAGGACAAUUCGUGCCCUGGCCCAGUGGCCAGACAGUUCUCCCGGGACGCCAGCACCUCCACGGUCAGCAUUCAGGGCUCGGGAAACCACUACCACGCCUGCGCCGCCGACGACGACUUUGAUGCGGAUUUUGACCCUUCGAUUCUGCCUCCCCCGGAUCCCUGGAUUGACUCGAUCACUGAAGACCCCCUGGAGGCCGUCCAAAGGUCAGUGUGCCACCGGGACGGCCACUGGUUUCUGAAGCUUCUCCAAGCAGAGCGGGACCGCAUGGAAGGGUGGUGCCAGCAGAUGGAGAGAGAAGAGCGGGAAAACAACCUGCCGGAAGACAUUCUAGGGAAAAUCCGAACCGCAGUGGGCAGUGCCCAACUUCUCAUGGCCCAGAAAUUCUACCAGUUCAGAGAACUGUGUGAAGAAAACCUGAAUCCCAAUGCUCAUCCAAGGCCCACCUCCCAGGAUUUGGCGGGGUUCUGGGACAUGCUGCAGUUGUCCAUAGAAAAUAUUAGUAUGAAAUUUGAUGAACUUCAUCAGUUAAAGGCCAAUAAUUGGAAACAGAUGGAUCCUCUUGACAAGAAGGAGAGAAGGGCCCCUCCUCCAGUGCCAAAGAAGCCGGCGAAGGGCCCCGCGCCGCUGAUCCGGGAGCGCUCGCUGGAGAGCUCGCAGCGCCAGGAGGCCCGCAAGCGCCUGAUGGCCGCCAAGCGCGCCGCGUCCGUCCGCCAGAACUCGGCCACCGAGAGCGCCGAGAGCAUCGAGAUCUACAUCCCCGAGGCGCAGACACGGCUCUGAGCGCCGGGCCCCGCCGCGCGCCCCGCCGCGCCGCCUCCGCGCUCGGUCCUCCCUCUGCCCCCCUGCCCGCCCUCCGAGCCCGUCCGUUCCGGAGCUCAGUGACUUCCACUGUCGCGGUGUAGUUGUCGGUCUUGCAGGAGCCGUCCCCCAGUAGCCCCCGCCGCCCGGACCGGUUUGCCCAUGUUAUUUUCUCCACCGAGCUUCGCCACCCGUACUGACGCGUCACCCUGCCUCAUCCGGAGAGCCGGCCCUUUCUUUUCUUGGCAGAACCAAACCCACCUGUGUAGAAAUGGCCCCUUUAGGUCGCCCACCAGCCUCAGUUCUCCCAAGCUAGUCUGUCCCUAGAGUUCAGCAAUAUAAAAUCAUAGGGUAUUUCAGAAAUCCAGUAUCACAGGGUGAUUCUUUGGGACUUAACCGUCUUCCACGUGAAAGAAACUAGGGCUCCGAUUCCCUUUAUUUCCCCUAAACGGUUAUUAUUUUGUAAAGCAGAUGGAGCACUUUAUUUCCAACCUCAGAAAUCACGCCAUCUCACCGGAAUCGAUGAGUGACAAUCCAAGAGGGGACCAAGUUGGGCCGGGGGUGGGGGACCUGAAUGAGUAGUGGGGAAGGGAGAAGCGAAAUCAGCAGGUGCUUGGGGUACCUGCUUCACUCACAGCUGCACAAACUGCCUCACUGUUAUUCCAUCAAUCACUGCUUCAAACGUUUCAAUCAGCAGAAGAUUGUAAAUUCGAUCUUUCAGGGAAAUUAUUCUGAAAGGCAAUAAAAUGAAGAAAGGCAAGGAAGCACUGAUAGUUUCAGAUAUACUAUCUAAGGGGGAUUUUCUUUUUGUCCUAUUAUUAAGAAAAUUUAGACCUGAAAUGUUUUAUCAACUUUUAUUGUACUAUGUGUAUUAUAUUGUUAUUGUGGUGGGGGUCUUUAAAGGGGAAAGUGUUGGUCCUCUUAAUUUGUUAGUGUCCAUCCUGGGGGGCCUACAUAAUUACACAUAUAUAAGUACACAUCUGCUUAAGAAGUCCUGUAAAUGGCAGCUAGGAUGUUUUCAGAGAGAAGUUUGGAUUUUCCCAUCCUCCCUUUGAAUGCUAUACAUCCAUCUCUUGUAACCCAGUAGUUCGUAAUGCCAGACAUAUUUUCUCCUUUGGUCUUCUCUCACUACUAUCCAGAGCCCUAUCACACCCCAGCAUAAGGAUUGUGUCCUAUGUCAAACCGAUAAAAUCAAUUUCCUACCCAAGUAGAUAUGCAGCCUCAUUCCAAAGAGCUGCCCCUCAUCUUGAGGUCCCAGGUAGUGAGAGAAGAAAUUUGGCCUGAAAUGUUCAGCAACCACCAGGAAGGGGGGAAAAGUCAUGAUCCACAAGCACGGAAAGAAACCCAGGCUUUUGGCGGAGAAUGUGCAUUGACGCUUUUAGUCAUGACGGAUGGGCAGUGUGCACUUUGCAUCUAGCUGAAGUUAUCUUUAAAUGCCCUUACUCGUAGCAGUUUAAACAUUUAGGAUGUGGUGAUCUUAAAGUAUCACUGGCAUUUUAUGCCCAGCUCCCACCCCAAAGCAUUAUAAAUUAUCAUUUAAAACUGACAGACUAAAAACACACAUCUAAUAAGCUUGCACCAGAGCUCUUUUAAAAAAUACACUCUCGUAGCCAGGUGCUAAUUUAAUUUUAUUUAUGAAAUUAAGAGAGGUGAUGGGUUCUGGCAACAACUAUUUUCACGGACAUAUUCUAAAACCAUUAGGGAAUUCGCUACCUCUCAGAGCCAUUGAUGCUUUGAGCUAUCUUUAUAAACAGGGCACAAAUGUUUACUGCUGUGGUUUACAAGAAAAGGGCUACUAACUUAUUUAAAAACCAACCAACCAACUUUUAACUAGAGUGAACAAAGCACCUCGAGUGCUUUGCACAAUUGGAGCUUACAGAGAUUUUGAACUUCAAGUGUCCACUUGUGUUAAAAAGAAUCUACCUUUUCUUUGCUUUGUAGCAGCGAUGGAAGGUCACACAAAGUUUGCCUCAAGUAAGGCCAACUGCCGCCUUGGGUAGCCUCUAAUCACAUUCAAUCCCGAAAAUGACUUGGCACUCAUAGAUUAACGCGAAGAAAGCGACAUCCGCUGGAAGACCCAGGUUCCCAACUACAGCUCCCUGCCCUGAAGUAGAGAUGAGAUUGGGAUUAAGAAAUAGAUUUCUAAUACGAUUCAAGAUCAUCCUACACUAUUUUCUUUGGAAACUGGUUUAGCCCAGGAUAUUUUAAAGAGAGACAAGAGAAGGCCUAUUUAUCUUGUCUAUGUGAAUGGUAUUUGUAUAUUCAUAAGCUAUUUUUGGUAAGAAUUUUAAAUCUUUUAGCUGAAUGCCUACAGGCAUCAUGACCUUUGCCUUCCUUAAAAACACAAAUUGUACAAACACUUUAUAAAAAGCUAAUUAUUGAUCUUAAAACAUGACCCCACAUAAAACUGCUUGUUAACCACUUGCCCCCUUAAGCUGACAUCCAUGAGCAUAACCUUUGUUACAUUGUUCUUUUUGAUGUAUUUGUAGAAAUGUUUUUUAGUUCAUAAUGGAAAAUGUAUGUACCCUGAAAAAUUACUUAUUUUGUUUAACUUUGGUAUAAAGCUGUUUGGGCAUUUUCUUGGGGAGGGGGAGAUUACAAAAGAAGUUUGUCUCCCGCAUCAAAAAACGUUCAAAGAAAUUAAGUAUUUAUUAUAUUUUUUGCAGAUGUUUCCAUACAAUUCACAUAACCUUUUUGUAAAGAGAGAUGAAGAAAUGGAUUAAAGAUUUUUAAUAUUUGAAAUGGUAAAUAGAACUAAUUUAUUUGUAAUAUAUUUCUGUUAUUUAUAGAUGUUUCCUUAAUGUUUUACUGUGCAUUACCACUUUAAUUUAAGCCUUAUCCUUGUGAAUUUACCAUUUCUUUUUUAAAACAUGUCUAGAUGCAUAUUUUAAAUAACUGGAAUGUAAAUCACUAGCAUAUCUGAAUUCCCGUUGUAAUUUUUAAAAAUUAUUUUGGUUUGGGAAAAAAAGAUUCAUUUGAAAGCCUUCAGAUGGAGGGGUGGGGAACAUUUUUAUGGCUUUAUGAAGUGGAAUUUCAUAGGCUUAUUUACCUAGACUGUGUGUGGACAAAAAAAAAAUUGUAAAUAGAUGAAUGUUUCCCAUAAUGUAAAAAGAAGAAAUUAAUAAAAUAAUAAUGCACUGCUUUCAGGUCUGUGUGUUUUCACUACAAAGCCCUGCUUCUUCCAAAAUAUAAUUGUCUUUGGAGGGAAUAGUUAAGCAAUUAAGAAACAUAUCAUUCUUUCAUUGUAACAACACAUAUGCUAGCCACUGUUGUCGGUAGACCUUGUAUCCUAUGUAAGGGAUCAAAACAUUGAAAACCAAAAGGACUUUUACUAUGAUGAUCACAUGCAUAUGAAAGUUUCAGGUCAGGAGCUGUAUAUUUCAUGAAAGAAAUUAUUAGCCUCUCAAAUAUGUGCAAAUUUGUGCCUAUUUUACCCACUUGGAUCUCUUCUCAAACAUUUCAUCCACUUUGUUUCCUACACAGCUCCUACACUUGAAAGAUCAGAAUAAUGCUUUGUGGUUUAUAUUUCAUCCCCGAAGUAAUGAAAAACUAUCCUCACUGAGGCUUAGUGAUUUGCCCAGUGGGACACAAUUAUUAAGUGACAGAUUUGGAUCCAAAAUCUAAGCCUUUGUUCAGCCUCCUCUUCAGUGGGGUCUCUGUCCUUCAUCCCACAUUUAAAAUUGAUAAUGAUUUGCCAUUAUCCAUUUCCUCCGGUUUUCAUCUCGGUUUCAUAAACCUUACUUUAUAUACAAAAAUACAGAUUUACCCCCCAAAAGGUAAAUUAGAAUGUUUUAUGAGAAGUGGACUUACACAUCUCUGAAAAUGCCAAACUCUGAAACCUGUGUCCACAGUAGUUCUUCCCCACCAAGUUCUUGGGCAAACCCAUUCAUGUAUAUGCAACAAACGUGGAAAUUAAGCAGAUAAGCGAACAUAAGCAAGAACUUUGCCAAUUUCCAAAAUAACACGAUGUACUUUUGAAACUGUUUCAAAAGAGGAUCGAUCAAGUGGCUCAAUCUCUGUGAAACCACAAAGAUCUCAUUACCUGGGUUCAUGCACUGACUAUUCAUGAAGUGUGAACCGAGAUUACACUUCUUGCCUUUUACCAAAUUAAUUCUUAUAUUUCACAGGGGCUUCUUAAACAUUUUGGCCAAUCCCAAAACAAAACGAGUUUGUCUUCGCCUGUAAAACUUUGAAUUUCAGUAAAGCAAAUUUCAACUUCUCAUGUUACAGGGUCCACUCCCCCCAAAAAAUGUAAUUUUAUUUUUUAUAGACAUUGAACAAAAUUGUUUGCUCUAAACAUGAAUUUUUUUUAGUAUCUUUGAAAGCCACCCCUUGAAAAUACAAAUUGAUUUUGGUUUAAAUAAAU